CCGGUUUUAACGGAACGGUCCUUUCCCCUAGCGUCAGCGGACCCCAACGUGUCCGACAAAAUGUCGCUUUAUAAUUUCAAGAAGAUUAUGGUGGUUCCCACCGCAAAGGAUUUCAUCGACAUCACUUUAUCCAAAACUCAAAGGAAGACCCCCACUGUGGUGCACAAGCACUACCAGAUCCACCGCAUCCGUCACUUUUACAUGCGAAAGGUGAAGUUCACGCAGCAGAGCUACCAUGACCGCCUCUCGCAGAUCCUCACCGACUUCCCCAAGCUCGACGACAUCCAUCCGUUCUACGCCGACCUGAUGAACGUGCUGUACGACAAAGACCAUUACAAGUUGGCUUUGGGACAGAUAAACAUCGCCAAGAACUUGAUUGAUAAUGUUGCCAAAGACUACGUGCGUCUGAUGAAGUACGGAGACUCUCUGUACCGGUGUAAACAGCUGAAGAGAGCGGCGCUGGGUCGCAUGUGCACCAUCGUGAAGAGACAGAAGUCCAGUCUGGAGUAUCUGGAGCAAGUGCGCCAGCAUCUGUCCCGUCUGCCGAGCAUCGACCCGAACACGAGGACGCUGCUUCUGUGCGGAUACCCCAACGUGGGAAAAUCCAGCUUCAUCAACAAGGUGACCAGAGCAGAUGUGGAUGUGCAGCCGUACGCCUUCACCACCAAGUCUCUGUUUGUGGGGCACAUGGACUACAGAUACCUCCGCUGGCAGGUGGUGGACACCCCUGGGAUCCUGGACCACCCUCUGGAGAACAGGAACACCAUCGAGAUGCAGGCCAUCACAGCUCUUGCUCACCUUAGAGCCGCCGUCCUUUACGUGAUGGACGUCUCUGAGCAGUGCGGACACAACCUGCAGCAGCAGCUGGAUCUCUUCAACAGCAUCCGGCCGCUGUUCGCCAACAAG